UUCGCUUUUAGCAAAAAAGGAAAAAAAUCAUCAAAGCUGGACAGCUUUUUAGAUAAACAAACCCAGUCAGAUUCGACCAAAAGCGAGCGGAAAAAGCCAUCAGAAACAAAGAAAGAGAUGUCCGGUACUUUCCUCUUUAUCUCUGCUGUUGUCAUCAACGCAGUGAAUCUUUUCCUUCAGGUGUUCUUCACCAUUAUGUACGGAGAUUUGGAGUGUGAUUACAUCAACCCGAUUGAGCUGUGUAACAAGUUGAACAAGUACAUCGUUCCAGAGGCAGCAGUACACGCCUUCUUAACGUUCCUGUUCUUGAUCACAGGACACUGGUUCACGUUCUUGCUGAACUUGCCAUUGGUUGUCUUCAACGCGAUGAAGAUCACCAAGAACAACCACUUGUUGGAUGCCACUGAAAUCUUCAGAACUUUGAACAAGCAAAAGAAGGAGUCCUUCAUCAAAUUGGGAUUCCAUCUGUUCCUAUUCUUCUACUACCUAUACAGAAUGAUCCUUGCACUCAUUGAAGAUGAUUGAGGGAAAUUAGUACAUACAACACAGAUUCAAUGUAUCAUUCACUCACAUCAUUUUAUACACACAACACACUUACUAUUGUGAUUGUUGGUCCAGUU